CCCGCCACGGGGUCUCAGUCCGCAGCCGCCGCCGCGCUCGGCUUAGGUGCAGCAGCCACUACCGCUGGUCCUCUGUGCGAGAGAGCAUCCCCAGGCAGCAAUUGGAAGCUGUUCUCAGCUAUAUCCAGCCCUUACCGAAUACAUCCAGCGCCCCACGCGUCCAGUGUGAGGUCCCUCCAGCUAUAAGGUGGGCACCAUGGCUGAGAAAUUCGACUGCCACUACUGCAGGGACCCUUUGCAGGGGAAGAAGUACGUGCAGAAGGAUGGCCACCACUGCUGCCUGAAGUGCUUUGACAAGUUCUGUGCCAACACCUGUGUGGAGUGCCGCAAGCCCAUCGGCGCCGACUCCAAGGAGGUGCACUACAAAAACCGCUACUGGCACGACACCUGCUUUCGCUGUGCCAAGUGCCUUCACCCCUUGGCCAGCGAGACCUUUGUGUCCAAGGACAACAAGAUCCUGUGCAACAAGUGUGCCACUCGGGAGGACUCCCCCAAGUGCAAAGGGUGCUUCAAGGCCAUUGUAGCAGGAGACCAGAAUGUGGAGUACAAGGGCACCGUCUGGCACAAAGACUGCUUCACCUGCAGCAACUGCAAGCAAGUCAUUGGGACCGGAAGCUUCUUCCCAAAAGGGGAGGACUUCUACUGCGUGACUUGUCACGAGACCAAGUUUGCCAAGCACUGCGUGAAGUGUAACAAGGCCAUCACAUCUGGAGGAAUCACUUACCAGGAUCAGCCCUGGCAUGCCGAUUGCUUUGUGUGUGUUACCUGCUCUAAGAAGCUGGCUGGGCAGCGUUUCACCGCUGUGGAGGACCAGUAUUACUGCGUGGAUUGCUACAAGAACUUUGUGGCCAAGAAGUGUGCUGGAUGCAAGAACCCCAUCACUGGGAAAAGGACUGUGUCAAGAGUGAGCCACCCAGUGUCUAAAGCUAGGAAGCCCCCAGUGUGCCACGGGAAACGCUUGCCUCUCACCCUGUUUCCCAGCGCCAACCUCCGGGGCAGGCAUCCGGGUGGAGAAAGGACUUGUCCCUCAUGGGUGGUGGUUCUUUAUAGAAAAAAUCGAAGCUUAGCAGCUCCUCGAGGCCCGGGUUUGGUAAAGGCUCCAGUGUGGUGGCCUAUGAAGGACAAUCCUGGCACGACUACUGCUUCCACUGCAAAAAAUGCUCCGUGAAUCUGGCCAACAAGCGCUUUGUUUAUCACCAGGAGCAGGUGUAUUGCCCUGACUGUGCCAAAAAGCUGUAAAGUGACAGGGGCUCCUGUCCUGUAAAAUGGAAUUUGCAUCAUGUUAUUUGUGUCCUUGCUCUCUCUGCCCUACACCAUCAAUGGGACAGGAGUGCUCUUUCACCUCUUAAAGUUGUUCCUUGUGUCUUUUCUCCCAUUUUACAGUAUUACUCAAAUAAGGGCACACAGUGAUCAUAUUAGUAUUUAGCCAAAAGCAAAGUUGCAGCAAACUUAAUUUUUCUAUAGCUGCAAUGAAGAAAUGAAAAUUUAGAUAGAUUGACUCUUCUGCAUGUUUAUCAUAGAGCAGAAAAGUACUAACCAUGUAGCCACUUCAUGAUGUAAGCAAGAAGCAUAAGCGACAAAGUCCUGCUGACUGCCCUUCGUGGCUCAGUGGGGACCCAUCAUGCAGUCAGAAGACGUGCAAGAGUUGCAGCGGCUGCUCCAACUCGCUGCUCACUUUCUUCUGUGAGCAGAAAACGAACUUGCUGGGAUGCAUGGUUUAGCUUCCUAGUUAAAACUCUGACCCUUCUUCUGUUCUUUUGUGCUUUUACAUGACUAACAAGAAUUUCCAAAACGUUAACAUUUAGACUUAGCUGUAAUUUCCAGCUGACCAUUUCCGCACACUGGGAUUCGCUUUCCGUGUGUGGCAUGUGUUCUGUGCGUUCCUGCUUCACAGCGUGGAACCCACAGGAGUGUGUGAGCAGAUCGGAGGAAAGGAGCCCGUGUUAGAGCGGCAGCAUCCCAGUGAAUACUGCUGGGGGCUUAACAGAACUAACCCUGCUGUCUUUUUAAUUUUUUUUAAUUAACGAUAUUUUUGUUUUAAUUAAUAGUCAAAUAGUUUAUGAGUUUGGAAACUUGCAUGACAAUAUUUGAGCCCCCUCAGAUAGUCCUGCGGUCUUGAUAUUCAUCCUCCAGCAGUGACUGCAAAACUCAAGAGGGGUAGCUGAGCAGGCGUCAGGGUGUUGUUCAUGUGGAUCUGACAUUUUGAAACCGUGACAAGUUGAAUCCCUUGUGACAUAGUAGUUGUCUGCUCUUUGUCUGUGUGUUCAAGAGGGUUGCAGAAUCCCCUCUGCCGUGAUUCCUAGGACGUCUCCUCAAGAGCUUAGCUGACUCUCUGGGGAAGUGGGGAGGCCACUGCCCUCACAAGCAGAACCCAAUUUCCAUCUCCUGCAUCCCUGAGAGGCAGGAACACCUACUCACUGUAUCCUCCCUUAUUAUAUUACAUACUAUCACAUGACAGUACCCAAAGUAAACAUGUAAUGACAGUACAUAUUAAUGUUCUUGUAGGAGUGGAUGUAGAACUGAUGCCUCAUUUUUACAUUUUGUCAUUAGCUCUUAUUAUCCAAUGUUUGUGUAUCCUUACAGAAAUAAAGCAGCAUAGAAAUAC